AUGCUGACGCGCGUCGGCGCUACACUUGCCAAGCUGGGCCGGCUCAUCGCGUCGAAUAUCGAGAGCGCGACAAGCGCGUCGACCUCCACUUUUGUCACCGCUCUCGCCUUCAACGCCAUCGUCUUUGCCAUAGAGAUCGGUGUCUUCACCCUCGUCCGCCCCUUCUUCCCCGCCAUCUACCAGCCUCGCACCUAUGUCCCCACUAAGAGUCGCCAAACCGCGGAGAUCUCGAAGAGUCUCUUCAAAUGGCCGUACACCGUCUUCAUGGCUGAUCCUCGCGAAAUUCGCACCAAGAACGGCAUGGACGCGUAUUUCUUUGUCCGCUUCCUUCGCAUGAUGGUCCGCGUUCUCCUCCCCAUCUGGCUCCUCUCAUGGAUCAUCCUCCUUCCCAUUACCUCCGUUCGCACCACCGUCGCGGGACACACUGGCCUCGACGUGUACAUCUUCGGCAACGUGUCCACCGAGAACCAAUCGCGCUACUGGGCUCACAUUGCCCUCGCGUGGGUCUUCACUAUCUGGAUCUGGUGGAACAUCCGCUACGAAAUGGCGCACUUUGUCACGACCCGCCAGCGCUGGCUCAUCGACCCCGUGCAAGCCUCCUCCGCCAAGGCAAGCACGGUCCUCAUCACCGGCGUCCCCCGUCGCUACCUCACCGAGGCCGCCAUUUCCAACCUCUACUCCCACCUCCCUGGUGGUGUCGCCAAAGUUUGGCUUAACCGCUACCUCGGCGACAUGCCCGACCUCUAUGAUCGCCGACAGAACGCCGCCAAGAAGCUCGAGUCCGCGGAGACGAGUCUGCUGAACACCGCGGUGAAGCUCCGCAACAAGAAGGUCAAGGCCGAAGUGAAGAAGGGAGGCAAGGACACCACCUCCGAUGGUCGCCCACUGACCUCGCCGAGCGUCAUCGACGAGGAGCAGGACAUAACCCUUGCGGACAAGCUCGUGCCCAAGAACAAGCGCCCCACACACCGCCUGCCGCCUGCUAGCUGGAUGCCGUUUGGUCUCCCCUUCAUGGGCAAGAAGGUUGACACGAUCGAGUGGGCGCGUGACGAGCUCGCUCAAACCACCCAGGAGCUUCGCACUGCCCGCCGCGCGCUCGCCAAAGAUGUGAAGGCAACGUCGACCAUGCCUCCCCCUGAGACGAACCACCCAGACUCGAUGAAGGCGGACUUGGACGGCUCGCAGACCUACCCCCCGCUCAACUCGGCGUUCAUCCUUUUCAACCAACAAGUUGCGGCGCAGAUGGCUGGCCAGGUCCUUACGCACCACAUGCCCUACCGCAUGACCGCGUCGAGUGUAGGCGUUGACCCCGAGGACGUCAUCUGGAGCAACUUGAACAUGAACCCCUACGAGGCACGCAUCCGUACCGCCAUUAGCUGGGCUAUCACUAUCGGUCUCAUCAUCGUCUGGGCCAUCCCUGUUGCGUUUGUCGGUGUGGUGUCCAACGUCCACUCGCUGUGUACCACUUACACAUGGCUCGCAUGGCUUUGCGAGCUUCCGGAGGUUGUUGUUGGCAUUAUCUCCGGUAUUCUCCCUCCAGUGUUGCUCGCCGUCCUCAUGAUGUUGCUCCCAAUCGUGCUCCGCCUUCUCGCGCGCUUCGAGGGUAUGCCCCAACGCACGAGCAUCGAGCUGAGCCUUAUGAGUCGCUACUUCAUGUUCUUGGUCAUCCACUCGUUUCUGAUCGUUUCCCUCUCGUCGGGACUUAUCGCCGCUCUCCCGGAUCUCAUCAACGACCCCAGCUCCAUCCCAUCGCUCCUAGCCCAGAAGCUGCCACAGGCCUCGACCUUUUUCCUCACGUAUAUUGUCCUCCAGGGAUUGACCGGUACUGCUUCCGGCUUCUUGCAGAUCGUGCCGCUUGUGCUCUACUACGUGAAGUUGUUCAUUCUUGGCUCGACGCCUCGGUCGAUCUAUACCAUCAAGUACACGCUCCGCUCCGUCUCGUGGGGUACGCUGUUCCCGGCCAUGACGCUCCUCGUUGUGAUUACGCUCGCGUAUAGCAUCAUCUCGCCGAUCAUCAACGGUCUCGCCGUUGGAACCUUCUUCCUCUUCUAUUUGCUCUGGAAAUACCUCUUCCUCUGGCAGCUCGAUGGCAAGGGUGCGGGCGAGACCGGUGGACUCUUCUUCCCCAAAGCGAUCCAACACGUCUUCGUCGGUAUCUACAUCCAGCAAAUCGUCCUCGCCGCGCUCUUCUUCCUCGCGCGCGACGCGAAUCAGGAGGCGUCCGCUGUUCCCGAGGGCGCGCUCGCAAUCGUACUCAUUGCCUUCACCGCUUUUUUCCACAUCAUCAUCAACAACUCGUACGGCCCGCUCAUCAAGUACCUGCCGCUCACCCUCGCGGAACACGGACACAACGACGAGGACGUCAAGGCCGCAGAGCAGGAGCUCGCCGCGGACGCCGUCAAGGAGGGUUCAAUCGUCGAGGGCACAACGUCCGACGUCGAAAAGCGCAGCCUCCACAAGCGCGCCUCUGCCGGUGCCCUCGAGGGCGACGCGCAGGCUCAGCCCGAGGCGUCCGGGUCCUUGCCGCCGAGCCCCGUUGACCAGAAGAAGAGCAGUCUCGCCCCGCCCCUGCUUUCCGAAGCGCGCUCGCGCCGGACGUCCGCGUCGUCCAUCGCCCCCAUCGACGAGGAGGCGGGCCCGAAGGACUUCUACCAUCCGGCGAGCGUCGAGCCCGCGCCGGUCGUCUGGCUCCCGCGCGACCCGCUUGGGCUGGGUGAGGCGGAGGCGCGCGCGUGUCGCGAGGCCGGCGUCGAGGUUUCGACGGUUGACGCCGUUAUGGACGACAAAGGCCAUGUAGACAUCCAGGGCCCGCCGCCGGACGUGCAUCGCGAAGACUGA